UCUACCCUCCAUACGAUAGCAGAUGGCGUCAAAUGGGUGCAAAAAGGAUGGAGGACAGAGAUGUGGGUUUCAUUUAUAAACCCAUGAAAACCCAUGAUUGAUGAUUCUACUGUGCUGGAUGACAAGCAGAGGCUGCAGACUAUGGAUGAAUUGCAUAAGUUGGGUCAAGUAGCUGAGUUGGUUUUUUUAGAAAAUAAAAGAGCCAGAGAUGAAGGAAGGACCACUGUUGCGGGGAGGGAAGAUGAAGGAAAAGAAGAGGGAGGAAAGCAACAAAGUGGGAUGAAUUCUGGCAGCAAUGAGGCUACGGAAAGGGAAGGAAAGGGGGGGGACUCAGCAUGCUCGCUCAAAAGGAAGGUGAGUGACAGAGAUUCAAACAAGGUGGAAGGACUGAGUCAAGACUCUAAGAUAACAUAUGCAGGGAAGGGAGAAGGACAGGCAUCUUCACAAACAGGUCGUGAGGAGGAAACAGACAUGGGGGAGGAGGGUGAAGCAGACAUGGAUGAGGAAGGACAUGGUGACAACACAUCUAAGGAGGAGGAAAUGGAUAUGAAUCAGGCAGAAUCAGACAUGUCAUCAACAUCAUCAUCUGAUCAGCAAACGGACAACAAUGGUUCAGCAAGACGCUCCAGCUCAGCAACGACCUCACCGACAGACGAAACUGGAAAAACAGUAAACGAAUCGGAAGGGGGAGGAGAAGGAGAGACAGACAAAAUGGCCCAGGACAUGGAUCAGGAUGAAGAGGGUAAGGAAGACAACGAUGAUGGCGAUUGGGGUGACGAAGAGGAGGAAGACGAGGAGGAGGAAGAGGAACCGGAAACAUUAGCACAAUGGAUUAGGACAGUCCAUAAGUUGAAGUGGGAGAGACACAUAGAAUGUGAAAUCCGUCUGGCACAUCACAAACACUUGCGCAAUCUGAAGAAUGCUAUAGCGGAGGGAAAUGAUAUCACAAYAGCAAACCGUUUUGAAUGGYUGAAGAAGGAGCAAGAGGUWAAUGAAUUCUAUGCAACACAGUAUGCGUGGAAGGCCCGACCACUUAACAAUAAUAUCGAGGURCACAACUCAGGGUAUGUCAAACAGUUCAUGUGGCCAAAAUCUUACCAACCACAGGGAUUGAAGAGAUCAGAACAGAAACGCAAAGCCCGACAGGAAGCGGCAAAGGGGGCAAGCAGCAACAAUCAGGAAUCGGUGGAUUCCGAGCAAGGAAUGACAGAGGAAGAACAGAUGGAGGAGGAAAAGAGACAGGCAGCCAUUUUGAAGGCACAAAUCAACGUGCUGAAGGACCAGAAUCAGGAAUCGGAGGAGGACACUAUCAAUCUGCAGAAAAUUAGGAUCAAAAUACAAGCAGCAAUAAACCCUGAAAAGGCGAAGGCUAUUCUCACGAAAUUUGAGAAUAAGGUAUUGGUUGCGACUAUAGAGGGUCAGAGACUGAUUUUUCAUUGGUUUAAGGAGGACAGAUCAGAGGUGUCCUCGGAGAUCCAAGGAAUGACACAGGAAAUAGGACUACCAUAGGGAUAGGAAAUGGGAGAGACAGUAAAGACCAGUGGAUUGAUGUUUAAGCAAAAUAAAAAGCUAUAGUUAAG